AUGGCAAAACCUAUACCAAAAGUUGGUUCACGUAGGAAUGGGCGCAGUAGUGCACGGAAAAGUGCACGUAGAAUACCAAAAGGAGUUAUUCAUGUUCAAGCAAGUUUCAACAAUACCAUUGUUACUGUUACAGAUGUACGGGGUCGGGUAAUCUCUUGGUCCUCCGCCGGCACUUGUGGAUUCAAGGGUACAAGAAGGGGACCCUUUUGCUGCUCAAACCGCAGCGGGAAAUGCUAUUCGAGCAGUAGUAGACCAAGGUAUGCAACGAGCAGAAGUUAUGAUAAAGGGUCCUGGUCUCGGAAGAGAUGCAGCAUUACGAGCUAUUCGUAG